AUGAGCCGCCGACAGGAUCCCGAUCAACGGCAAUACAGCCAGAACUACUACACAGACAGCUCUAGAAACUGGAGCGAGGAGGCUGUUCGAGGUAGCUGGGACUCCAACUACCAAAGAACAACAUCAGCCAACACAUCCCCAAGAGAUCAGUCUCAACAAUGGACCAGACCAAGUCCUCAGGCUUAUGAUAGACGACAAACGAUGGUGAACCAAUGGCUCGGACAACAGUAUCAGCACCAGUACAACCAUGACCCUUCGGCCGCAGCAGAUGCUGUAUCCGAUUUCACAACUCCUACUACUUCACCAGCUUUUAGCGACUCUCCUACAUUCCCUUCUCGGACUCAUGAUGCGCCGGCGUAUCAAACUCACGCUAUAGCUAAUGACUUUCUUGCACCACCUUCAAGAACUUCGGUGCAAUAUCGUCAGCACGAUAACCAAUAUCACAACGGAGCUGCUUCAUCAUCUCGGGGAUCAACGACAUACAACCAAUCAGCGGAUUAUCGACACAUGGACUAUCGAUCUUCUGACCAAGACCUUCGAGGCGUUGGGUCCUUUGCAGACAAUGGCCGAUCUCGUCGAGAAGUUAAAUAUAAACCACUCGGUAAUUGGUUCGGUCUCUGGUUACCUCCUACCGAGUGA